AUGGGGGAUUUUAAAUACAACAAGGCCUCGUCCGUGAGUUCCAUCAGCACGGAGACGUACGUGAUCAACACGACGCCUCCCAGCGCCUUCUACUCGAGUGCAGCCACGGACGUCGGGGGCGGAAGCAGCGGCUCCGCAAGCAACAUGCAGGAUGACUGCCUCGCAGAGCAGGCAGGAGGCGUCAAGCCGCAGGGGAUGGUGGCCACGGGCGGGGUCGACGCCCCCGAGGACCCACAGCACCAGCAACACACCACCAACGAUGAGGAUCCCAAAGCAGGUGUGAACGGGGAAUCGUCAGUCCCGGGGGUGGGGGGCGCCGCGCCCGGCACAGGCCCAGGUCCUCUAGGGUCAGGCACCACCCCGGGCCCUUCGGUCUUGGGUCCUCCAGGCUCUGGGGGCGUCCCGACCGCAGCCGCAGCCGCCGCAGCAGCGGCAGCAGCUGCGGCUGCAGUUAGUGGCGGAGGGGGUCCGGGGUCAGGCGUAGUGGGGGGGCCCGGAGGAGGUGGGGGCCUAGUGGAGCCUACGCCGCUGCCCAACUCUCUCACCUCCUCCGUGGCCUCCCUGUGGCCUCCCUCGUCCGUGGACGACGCCCUCCUGCAUUCGGGCAUGCCCACCAUCAAUGGCUCUCUGGCAUUCCAUGGCCUGGGCCCCAGCAACCCCGGGGGGCCGGGAGCGGGUGGGCCUUCACCCCUCUUCAGCACCAGCCUCGGGCCUCAGCUGGGGCUGGGCCCAACAGCACCGCAAAAUCCGCAGCAGCGUAGGAACAUGCAGCAGCCAGCCCCCAACUUCCCAGGUCAGGCCCGACCCCAGUCACUGGGUUCUGCGCCUGGUCCACAGGGGCCAUUCCUGCCCAACAAAUACCCCUCAUCGUGGUCGUCGGGGCUAGGCUCACAAGGCAGUGCCUGGUCCCCUGGCCCCUCCCCCCAGGGCAACUCAGCAGGGGGGCCAGGAGGAGGGCCAGGGAACGGAUCAGGCGUUCCCCCCCUGCCGUGGUCAGCCCGCGGAAGGGGAGGGAUGGGAAGCAUGGGUGGCAUCAGCCCCUUGGGUCACAACCUGGGCAGCAUGUCGUCGCAUGUGUCAGUGCCAAGAAAAACCUCAAACCUACCCAACACGCAAUCCAUGGUCAUGAACAAAUUCCGACGUUCAACGAGCUAUCCUGGAAAGGGGCCCUUUCCCAACCCUCCUUCCUUCGAGAUCACCGGAGUCGACGACAGCGGCUUCCCACGCGAUCUGCUUCAGUUUCCGAAAUUUUUAGAUACAAAAUGUUAG